ACUGUUACUUGGGGAUGGGUACUCGGUGCUAUCACGCUGUUCAGGAUGGAGGUGACCGCGUGGCAACGAAAUGAUGAGUUGGUUUCCAUGCUGACCAGCCUCAGUGACCAUAUCCAACACGGCCGUAGUAAUGACGCCAUUGCAGUUGUGAAGACAAUCCGGAAAGAUGGAGGAAAAUUUCACGAAUCUGUGGAGACAAUGACCAAAUGCGUGAAUCAAUUGUUCGAACAGAAAAAAAGAGAGAUGGAAUCUAUGCAAGAGAAGAGGGACGACAUUGCGAAAAAGAUACCAUCUUUGGAAUCAGGAAUCGGCAAGUGCGAGAAGAAUAUCACCCAACACGAGAAUGAGGAAGAGGCGUCCAGACGGCGAGAGAGUCAGGCAGACGACACGUAUCAGCGCGCUGAUCGUGAUUGGGAUGAAGGGGAGAAAAAGGCGGAAUUUCAAUGGUGGUACGUUUUUGUGCCCGUCGUAGGCCAGGUUGCAGGAAUUUGUAACAUUGUUAGCGGCGAGAAUCAGAUGUCUAGAGCGAGGAAAGACAUGUUAGAUGCAAGAAGUGAUAAGGAAAGAGCUCAACGGUCAUUACUUGAAGCAAGGAAUAAAAAGUUAACUGAACAGUCGAAACUAGACACACUCACAGAUUUGGCUAAAGAAUGCGAAAUUCUUUAUUCUGAGUUGCACACUGAGGUUACAUUUUUGAAAGACGCAUCAUCUUUUACGUUCAAAUUGAAUGGGGUGUUACAAGAGGUGCUUUUAGUAACCGAUGCAGCCCUUGUACGAACUGACCGAUUGAAGAAGAUGUUGGAAAACUUCAUGGUGAAGACCGGUGUGUUGGAAUCCAGAGGUACUCGGACGCUACUCCGGACGGUGCGAGAAAGGUGGAUGGAGGUCAGGGACCUGGUUGUGAAUGUCCCUAACGACAGAAACGCCUUGAUAUGGCAAGAGGCACAAAGAAAAACGGCUCUUUCCCUCGGUAGAAAGGAGUUGAAGGAAUUCAACCACUUGUUGUCAUCGCUGAAGACGAAGCUAAGCAGAGGACAGGCAAGUGACGCCAUCGAAACUUUGAAGGGGAUGCAAGUCAAAGGGGCGCAUUUUGAGAUGCUCGCUCAAGCACAGAAAGAGCACUCGGAGCAGCGCGAGAAAUGGAUUAAAGAAGAAAUUAAAAGAACGGAAAAAAUACUAUCCAUUGAAGACCAGCUGGACAGUAUCGGGUAUGGCAGCAACGUGACAGAACUGCGCAGAGAAUAUCGCCAUCAGAAAAAAGCGCUUGAGGAGUUAAUCGAACAGAGAAAAUACUGGGGACGUUGCGUGGAGUCAGUGGAGACAAAUCGUUAUAUGAUGGGCGAGUUGCGCAGUACCUUGAAAGUGUGCGCCUAUGUGCCGAAUGUCAUCGUCCGUGCCUUCAAAUCUCAUUCAUUGCUGCAAGAUGUGAGUGCGAUUGAGGCCGGAUGGGAGGCACUCAGCUACGGGUGAUUUUGCCAUCUUUUGGCCACUGUUGUUUGAGAUCAAAUACGACAAGAAUAUGUAUCCGGACGGUCUGUGGAGGGUGGACGCAAGUUCGAUCAUGCUUGGUUCGCACUUGAACCACUGCCCAGUCUAUAUACUCAUUUAGAACGAUUCUGUAAAUCCAAGUAUGCAAGUUUCGCAACCCCUACAUGUACGUAAUGUGACCCCCAACGACAUCGUCCGCCCGACCGCGGACGAUUUAUAUUGAAUUUUGAUUGGUGCUUCGCUUUUUGUGUAUUGGUGCUUCGCUUUUUUGUGUAUUGGUGCAUCGCAAAUGUUUUUGGUGGCGAUAAUACAGUUUUCAUUAUUCA